AUGACCACUGGUAAAGUCAUAUUCAUCUUCAUCGCCGUCGCUUCGUCACGCCUCUUCAUCGUUUUCUCCCUCCGGUUACUUUCCGGUGAUCAUUACUGUGACCUUACGCGCCUACCGUCCCCACAAGCUCUCCGAUCAGAUCAAUUCACGGUGUUGAUUAACGGCUACUCGGAAUCACGCAUUCCGAUCCUGCGGACAGUCACCGGAGUGUAUUCAAGUUCUCCGUCUGUAGCUGCCGUGGUUGUGUUAUGGGGAAACCCUACAACGCCCGCAAAAACCCUAGUGGAACUCUCACAUAACCUCUCGAUCUCGUCUCCUGGAGACGCGCCGAUCUCAGUUAUCCGACAACCGUCGUCUAGUCUCAACGCCCGGUUCCUUCCCCGCCCAUGGAUUUCAACACGCGCCGUCCUAAUCUGCGACGACGACAUCGAGGUCGACCCAAAAUCGAUCCAAUUCGCUUUUGAGAUCUGGAGGAGUCGCUCGAACAAUCCAGAACAACUCGUGGGGCUGUUCGCCAGAUCUCACGAGCUAGACCUCACCAGCCGUACAUGGAUUUACACCGUCCACCCCAAUCGCUACUCGAUCUUACUCACAAAGUUCAUGUUAAUGAAAACGGAGUAUUUAUACGAGUACAGCUGCGAAGGAGGUGAAUCAAUGGCGCAGGCGAGAUCAAUCGUGGAUGAGAUGAGGAAUUGCGAAGACAUACUGAUGAAUUUCGUUGCAGCAAACAAGACGGGUAUGGGACCGGUUCUUGUCGGGGCUAAAAGGGUGAGGGAUUGGGGGGACGCCAGGAACGAAGGUGUAAGGCGGCGGGGGCGGGGAUUGAGAGCGGCGGGAGAGGAGGUGGCGGUGGGGUUGAGUAGUAGGAAAAAGGGUCAUAGAAGAAGGAGAGGAGAUUGUAUAAAAGAGUUUCAUAGGGUUUUGGGGAAGAUGCCAUUGACGUACAGCUAUGGAAAGAUGGUUGAUUCGAUUGGAGAACAAGGGCUUUGUGAGAAAGGUGGGAAAUUGGUGUUUUGUGAUCGACAAACAGUUUUCUAA